AUGGAAGCCAAGUCAUCUGUUAACUUUACUGUUCUCAGCUGUAGCGUGCAAGAGGAAGAUCUAGACAAGAAGGAAUCCUGCACUUGGCAGUGGGAUGACUUAACAGUAGAAACCAGACCACAAGAAAGGAAAACCUUAUCUGAAUUUGAUUCUCUAAAUAGAAAAGGAUAUGGCCAGAAGCAAGAAACGGUUUUCCUAGUUCAACGAUCUCCUCUGCAGACCAUCAGGGCAGGUGUUCUCGGCCGGGACAUGCAGGAUUAUAAAUUGCCCUACAGACCCCUACUCCCAGUCCCUCUGUUUGUGCCAAACAGACUGCGCACCCCAGAAGAGCUGUCUCCAGAAGAUCUCCCCUUCAAGCAGAAGAUGACCCCUACAAAUGGACUGUAUCCUGACAAGCAAGAUAUUACUGCUCUCAUUAACAGUUUACCCAAGGUUAUACAUCCAAGUACACUGAGGGUUUCUAGUUUAAUAUCUCCUCCUCCAAGCUUAUAUAAUGCAAACACACAUUAA